AUGCAAUUCGACGGUGGCCUGACCGUGACUCCGCAAAUGCGGCGACUCAUGUCUCAACCUGGGACUUUAUCUGGCGACGCUGGCCAGCGCUUCCGGGAGCUCUAUUCUGACGGCUCUGCCGCGUUUGAUAUCUCGCGCCUUUCACCGUUUGGAUUGGCGUGCUGCGCUGGCGUGUUGAAGGAAGUGGAAAAGCUUGUAGAAGGACGGACGGCCCCUCCUCUGGACGGAACCGAGACGCCGUAUGAGUUUGGCUACGCAACACUUAUUGUCAGCGGUGCCCAACGAAUCACCGGUAGCGAUAACCCCGAUUCUCUCAAACACGAUAGAGUCCUCGAAUACCUUAUCUCGAAAGGGAUGCCUGUCGACGUACCCGACAUCGCCGGCCAGACCGCUUUGUACCACUGCACAGCGUCUCCCGCACCACUCAUCGAUCUUGCACGCAUACUUAUCGUCUCAGGGAAGGCGGAUGUCAACCACCGGUCGCGAUACGGCGAAGUCGCGCUUUUGGGCGUGUUUCAGCAGAAUCGCGUCGAUGUGGUGGACUUGCUGAUGGAGCAUGGCGCAGACCUGGAUGUUCCCGAUGGGGAUGGCUUGUCGGCGAGACAAUUCUUUGUGAACUGCGGGCCCCAGAUAACGGCGUGCAUCAGGAAGUGGGUGCGGAAACGAGAGGGAACGGAGGGCGAGGUUGGCGGGGAGUCGAUGGCUUGUAUAUGUGGUAAGAAAAAGGAUCUCAAAGUUUGCGCGAGAUGUAAGGUAUCAAAAUACUGCUCGCCAGCCUGCCAGAAAAGCGACUGGAAACGCCACAAACGGAUAUGCGUCGCUUUUUCAUCAACGAACUCUGUCACCAUCAAGCCGUUCUACAACACAGCGGUCGGCAAGAUGCUCCCCACUGCUGCAGUCACUCGCAACGCCCUCGGCAUACCCCAGGAUCCCGUGAACCCCAAACACAUGCGCGCGUCCCAUGUUCCUGACAACGUCGACAAAAAAGAUAAGGACAUGAUCAUCAAGGUCCAAGUACCUUUGGCCGCGCCAACUAUGGAUCUGCUGGUGUACGACAAGAAGAGAGAUUUUGUAUGCAGCGUGAGGCGAGGGGACGGCUUCGACGCGUAUGAUAAGAUAUACGCGGCCGUCAGGGCACACGGCGUCGGAGGGGCAAAAGCAUACUUUGCGGCGACCUUGAAGAGCGAAAAUGAGUUGGUGGUAAAGGUGGGCGACGUGCUGGCAGAGCAACCGUUCUGA